GCAGGGCGCGCGGGCAUGGCAGAGAUGAGGCCCGGGCUAGCGGUGGGGAAACAGCUCAAUGAACUGCCUGACCACUCACCAUUAGUACAGCCUGGCCUGGCCGAGCUGAGGCGCCGAGCGCUGGAGGCAUGCGUCCCGCAGACCCCACAGCCGCUCACAGACGCCUUCUUGCUGCGCUUCCUGCGCGCCCGGGAUUUCGACCUGGACCUGGCCUGGCGGUUAAUGAAAAACUAUUAUAAAUGGCGAGCAGAAUGUCCAGAGUUAAGUGCAGAUCUACACCCUCAAAGCAUCCUUGGACUUUUGAAGGCUGGCUACCAUGGAGUGUUGAGGUCCAGGGAUCCCACUGGCAGUAGAGUUCUUAUUUACAGAAUUGCAUACUGGGACCCAAAAGUUUUUACAGCCUAUGAUGUAUUUCGUGUAAGUCUGAUCACAUCAGAGCUCAUUGUACAGGAGGUAGAAACUCAGCGGAAUGGAAUAAAGGCUAUAUUUGACCUGGAGGGCUGGCAGAUUUCUCAUGCUUUCCAAAUUACCCCAUCUGUGGCCAAGAAUAUUGCUUCUGUACUUACAGAUUCCUUUCCAUUGAAAGUUCGUGGCAUCCACUUGAUAAAUGAGCCAGCCAUUUUCCAUGCUGUCUUCUCCAUGAUUAAACCAUUUCUGACUGAAAAGAUUAAGGGCCGGAUCCAUCUGCAUGGGAACAAUUACAAAACAAGCAUAUGUCAGCACUUCCCAGGCAUUCUUCCUCUGGAAUACGGUGGUGACGAGUUCUCCAUGGAGGAUAUUUGUCAGGAGUGGACAAAUUUUAUAAUGAAGUCUGAAGAUUAUCUGAGCAGCAUUUCUGAGACCAUCCAAUGAGAAGUUAUUUUCAGUGAUUGUCUUCCUCAUUCAAAAUUCAAGGACAGGAUCCGAUCUGGUCACUAAAUUCAGGAGCAAACCUUCUAACUGAAUUGAUGUUUAUCUGAUCUUUUAACAUGCAACAUGGCUAUCUGGGGAAUGGUUUAACAUUUACAAUGCUCUGUUCCUUCUAAAUCAAUUAAACGGUAGAACAGAUUCCUGAUUGCAGGUGAAGGGCAAACAUAGCUACAUCUGAAGUACCUGUUCCAGUAUAUCUUUGUAUGGUUCAGGAAAUUUCAUCUUAAGAAAACUUUUAUGGUCACAUUGUUUAAUACUAGAUCAAUGACUAGUGCACUGGAAAGUACCGUGCAUAGCAACCCAUAGUGAACACAGUACAUUCCAGCGAUUACAUUUCAGAUUGCAAUUUGAAUACAGCUUUAUGCUGGCAGGAUAGCUCAUCUCAGGAAAAUCCUAUUUUAGGAUAUGCACAACAGAAACCUUUGAAUAUACGUCACUUGCCAGAGUAUUGUAACC